AUGGGGAGUAAUUUUAACUUCAAGAAUUUUGGAAGUGAUCAACCAGUAGAUGGAGAUGGUGGUGGUGGAAGGCCACCGGGUGAUUUUCCUUUGACACGGCAGUCCUCGGUUUAUUCAUUGACUUUUGAUGAGUUCCAAAGCACUAUGGGGGGAGUUGGAAAGGAUUUUGGGUCAUUGAACAUGGAUGAGUUGCUGAAGAACAUAUGGAGUGCCGAGGAGAAUCAGAACACGGGAUCCACUAGUGGAGCUGGUGGCCAAGAAGGGGGUGGCCAUUUGCAGCGGCAGGGAUCUUUGACGCUUCCACGGACUCUGAGCCAGAAGACAGUUGAUGAGGUCUGGAGAGAGAUGUCGAAAGAGCAUGGUGGCAGUAAGAAUGAGAAUGGUGGUGUUAAUAGCUUGAAUAUGCCUCAGAGGCAACAAACUUUAGGGGAGAUCACACUUGAAGAAUUCUUGCUGAAAGCAGGCGUAGUAAGGGAAGAUGCCCAGUUUGCUGGAAAGCCUACAAGUAUUGGAGUUUUUGAUGAGUUACCUGGCAGUAGGAACAAUACUGGAUUGGGAUUUCUCUAUCAACAGGCUAACAGGAACGCAGGACUGAUGGCUACUAGUAUUCCUGAAAGUAGUAAUCAUAUUGCUAUGCAGUCUGCUAAUUUACCAUUGAAUGGGAAUGGGUUCAGAUCUGCUGCACAACAGAUGGCUACUAGUAUUCCUAAAAGUAGUAAUCAUAUUACUAUGCAGUCUGCUAAUUUACCAUUGAAUGGGAAUGGGUUCAGAUCUGCUGCACAACAGAUGGAGAGUCAACAGCAAUCGUCACAGCAAGAGCUCCUUCCAAAUCAGCCUGCCUUGGCCUAUGAAGCUCCCAUGGGUAGGAAUCAGAUUGCUAUGCAGUCUGCGAUACCAUUGAAUGUGAAUGGGGUGAAAGCUGCAGCACAGCAGCUGGAUAGUCAACAACGGCUGGUGCAGCAGAAGCAGCAGUAUGAGCUUCUUCCAAAGCAGCCUGCCUUGCCUUAUGGAGCUCCCAUGGGUAUUCCGAGUAGUGGACACUUGAGUAGUCCAGCAACUAGGGGUGGGAUUGUUGGAAUUUCAGAUGCAGUGAUGGCUAAUAAUUUGGUUCCAAGUCCAGGCCUACAGGGUGGAGGGUUGGGGGUGGUUGGUUUAGGAACUGGGGGUGUUUCUGUUGCCACAGGAUCUCCAGCUUUUUCAUCAGAUGGGCUUGCUAAGAGUAAUGGUGAUACAUCUUCUGUAUCACCGGUCCCUUAUGUGUUUAGUGGCAGUUUACGUGGCAGGAAAGGCGCUGCUUUGGAGAAAGUUGUUGAAAGGAGACAGAGGAGAAUGAUAAAAAACAGAGAGUCAGCCGCAAGAUCACGAGCACGAAAGCAGGCAUACACAAUGGAGUUGGAAGCAGAAAUUGCAAAACUGAAGGAGGAAAACCAAGGACUGCAGAACAAACAUGCAGAGAUAAUGGAAAUGAAGAAGAAUCAGGUUCUGGAGAUGAUGAAGCAGCAGAAUGGAGCAAAACGACGAUGCUUGAGACGUACACAGACAGGGCCAUGGUAA